AUGGCUGCCAAGGAAGAUUAUCGAAUUUUUGUUGGAGGUUUGGGCUGGGACACGUCUGAACGCCAGCUUGAGAGCGCCUUCAGCCGUUUCGGCAAGAUUAUCGACUCUCAGAUCAUGGUGGAAAGAGAUACAGGACGUCCCCGGGGGUUUGGAUUUAUAACCUUUGCUGAUCGUCGGGGAAUGGAAGAUGCCAUCCGUGAAAUGCAUGGACGGGAGUUUGGGGAUCGACCCAUUUCUGUGAACAAGGCCCAACCUAAGAUGGGUGAAGAUGCCGAGCCGGGCUACAGGGGAGGAGGCUACUCUGACAAUCGCUAUAAGGGAGGAGGCUACCCAUCUGGUGGCAGGGGAGGACGCUAUGGGGGAGGAGAUAGGCCUGUUGGACAAGAUGAGUGCUUCAAAUGUGGGCGGCCCGGGCAUUGGGCUCGGGACUGUCCAUCAUCAGGUGGCCGUGGAAGUGGUGGCAGUGCAUUCCCUUCACGCUCAAGGUUUGGUGGCCCUGGUGCUGAUCGUGAGGAUCGCUUUGGAGAACGUGACCGAUUCAUUGAUGACCGCUAUGACGGUGGGCGCUAUGCUGAUAGGGAUCGCUUUGAGAGCAGAGACAGAUAUGGGAGCCGCGAUCGCUUCGCCGGUGACAGGUACCCUCCAGCUGGUGACCGCUUUGUUGGUGACAGGUACGGUGGUGGCUCAGAUCGUUUUGGCCAGAAUGGGUACGGCAAAGACAGUGCGUACGAGAGGGAUGGAGGGCCACGAGGAGGCGGUGAUAGGUAUGCUAGUGCAGGACCGGUACGCAGCGAGAGGAGCUACAGGGAUAGGCCAGGACCUUUCGACCGUCCAAGUAGCAGGGGAGGGCGUUCCUUCGACCGCUACUGA